AUGGAUUCUGUUUUCCAGGAGCUUGAGCACAAACUCAUCUCUCUGGUGAAGAAAGAGCUGAAGAUCUUCAAGAGGCUACUGACUCCAGAUUACCCAUCAUGCUCUGAGAGAGAAGAGGAGGAUGAUGAAGAUCAGAUCAGAGUCAGAGAGAUGUUUCUGAAGAUCACACUGAACGUCCUGAAGAAGAUGAAGCAGACAGACCUCGCUAACAAACUAAAGACCAAAUUUGCCCCUGUUUACAUGAAGAAACACAAAUCCAGACUAAAAGAGCAAUUCCAGAGAAUGAAUGAAGGAAUCUCAGCUCAAGGAAGCUCAACACUUGUGAAUGAGAUCUACACAGAGCUGUACAUCACAGAGGGAGGGAGUGAAGACAUCAAUAAUGAACAUGAGGUGAGACAGAUUGAGACAGCAUCCAGAAGAUCAGAGACACAAGAAACACAAAUCAAAUGUAAUGACAUCUUUAAAGUCUCAUCUGAACAAAACAAACCCAUCAGAAGUGUGCUGACUAAAGGAGUCGCUGGAAUUGGAAAAACAGUCUCUGUGCAGAAGUUCAUUCUGGACUGGACUGAAGGAAAAACAAAUCUAGAUCUUCACUUGAUAUUUCCACUUCCUUUCAGAGAACUGAAUCUGAUCAAAGAGAAAAAUAUCAGUCUGAUGGAUGUUCUUCAUCUGUUCUUCACAGAUACAAAAGAUCUGAGAUCAACAGACUUUGAUGAUUAUAAAGUUGUGUUUAUCUUUGAUGGUCUGGAUGAGUGUCGUCUUCCUCUAGAUUUCUCAAAGAAUCCGAGUUUGUUUGAUGUCAGAGAAUCAGCGUCAGUGGAUGUGCUGCUGACAAACCUCAUCAAGGGGAAUCUGCUUCCUUCUGCUCUGAUCUGGAUCACCUCUCGACCAGCAGCAGCCAAUCAGAUUCCUCCUGAGUGUGUUGAUCUGAUCACAGAUGUGCGAGGAUUCAAUGACCCUCAGAAGGACGAGUAUUUCAGGAAGAGAAUCAAUGAUGAGAGUCUGGCCAACAGAAUCAUCACACACCUGAAAUCAUCCAGAAGUCUGUACAUCAUGUGUCACAUCCCAGUCUUCUGCUGGAUUUCAGCCACUGUUCUCCAGAGAAUGUUGAGUGAAUCAGAGAGUCAAGCACAGAUCCCCAAGACUCUCACUCAAAUGUUCACACACUUCCUGAUGUUUCAGAUCAAACUGAAGAGUCAGAAGUAUGAUGGGAAAUGUGAGGUAGAUCUUCAGCAGACUAGAAAGAGUCUUGAGUCACUGGGAAAACUGGCUUUUCAACAGCUGGAGAAAGGGAACCUGAUCUUCUAUGAGGAGGAUCUGAGAGAGUGUGACAUUGAUGUCAGAGAAGCGUCAGUGUACUCAGGAGUUUGUACUCAGAUCUUCAGAGAGGAGUUUGGACUGAACCUGGGGAAGGUGUUCAGCUUUGUGCAUCUGAGCGUUCAGGAGUUUCUCGCAGCUUUAUUUGUGUUUCUAUCAUUUCUUCAGCAAACAUCAGGACCCAUCAUGAGUGAUUUACUGAAGAGUGAAGUGGACAAGGCCUUACAGAGUGAGAACGGACACCUGGAUCUUUACCUCAGAUUUCUUCUGGGUCUUUCACUGGAGUCCAGUCAGACAAUCUUACGAGAUCUGAUGACACAGACAGGAAGUAGCUCUGACAGUAAACAGGAAAUAGUCGAGUACAUUAAGAAGAAGAUCAGAAAGAAUCUCUCUCCAGAGAAAUCCAUCAAUCUGUUUCACUGUCUGAAUGAACUCAAUGAUCAUUCUCUAGUGCAGGAAGUACAAACAUAUGUGAACAGAGGAGAUGAGUCUAGUCUUACUGGAGUCCGUCUCUCUUCUGCUCAGUGGUCGGCUCUGGUGUUUGUGUUACUGAACUCAGAAGAGAAGCUGGAUGAGUUUAAUCUGAGAAAAUAUGAUCCAUCAGAUGAAUGUCUUCUGAGGCUUCUGCCAGUGAUCAAAGCAUCCAGAACAGCUGAUCUGAGGGUCUGUAAUCUGACAGAGAAAAGUUGUUCAUCACUGGCGUCAGUUCUCAGAUCAAACUCCUCAAGUCUGACAGAACUGAACCUGAGUAACAAUGAACUGAAGGAUUCAGGAGUGAAGCUGCUCUCUGAUGGACUGAAGAAUACUAACUGUAAACUGAAGACACUACAUCUGUGUAACUGCAGUAUUGGAUCUGAAGGUUGUGUUGCUCUGACUUCAGCUCUGAGAUCAAACCCCUCACAUCUGACACAUCUGGAUCUGAGACAUAAUAAUCCUGAAGAUUCAGGAUUGAAGCUGCUCUCUGAUCUACUGAAGGAUCCACACUGUCAACUACAGACACUACUUCUGAGUGGCUGUAAUCUGACAGAGAAAAGUUGUUCAUCACUGGCGUCAGUUCUCAGAUCAAACUCCUCAAGUCUGACAGAACUGAACCUGAGUCACAAUAAACUGAAGGAUUCAGGAGUGAAGCUGCUCUCUGAUGGACUGAAGAAUACAAACUGUAAACUGAAGACAUUAAAUCUGUAUAACUGCAGUAUUGGAUCUGAAGGUUGUGUUGCUCUGACUUCAGCUCUGAGAUCAAACCCCUCACAUCUAACACAACUGGAUCUGAGACAUAAUAAUCCAGAAGAUUCAGGAACUGUGACAUCAACGGUGACAUCUGUGAAGCGCUAA